CCUUCUAGUAUUCACUUGCAUUUUGGGUUUUAUGACCAGUGUGCUUCAAUAUAGAUGGAUAUGAUCAAAAUCCAAGCGGUGGUAGCGGGUGCGGCUGCAGCAGUUAUGGCGGUUAUUACACUAGUUACGGAUGAUGAUAAUCAUUCCGAUAACCACAUACCAAGAGAGCCUCAAGUGAAUCGAGAUUACGAGAGAGAGUUGUAUAUGAAUCGUGUGUUAUACGGUGGCGAUACCCAUUGCAUAAAUCAAAUACGAAUGGCGCCGAAUGCUUUUUUAGAGCUUUGCAAGGCACUCAAUGCAAGUAAUUUGCUGCGUUCUACAGCAAAUGUUUCUAUUAGGGAGCAAGUUUUGGUAUUUUGCCACAUCAUUGGACAUAAUGUGAGGUUUAGAGUCAUUGGGGGAAGAUUCCAUAGGUCAACAGAAACUGUGCAUAGGUACUUCAAAAUUGUCUUGCAAGCGAUUUUGAAAUUAUACAAACAUGUGAUGAAAGAACCGAGCAAUUCCACUCCUCCCGAGAUAAGUAAUAGUCGAAGAUUUUAUCCAUAUUUUAAGGAUUGUAUCGGAGCAAUAGAUGGAACUCAUGUACGUGCAUCGGUUCCUCUUGAAAUUCAAGGAAGAUUUCGUGGUCGGAAGGAUGGAACAACGCAAAAUGUAUUAGCUGCUGUUACAUUUGAUUUGAGAUUUUCUUAUGUAUUAGCUGGUUGGGAGGGCACUUGCACAUGA